AUGGAUCACUUCGAACGCAACUUUUGGGAUCUGCCUGACGUGGCUGCCUCUCAGUAUGGGUCUGGCGCGGCUUGUUAUGCCUGGCCCUUUGGAGACGUCCUGGGGGUGUUUUCCUCGAAGGACAUCAUGGACCACUUACUAGGAGCGCCCUUGCCGACCCCGAAAAGACAGUGUGUUCGACCUGUGAAUGGCCUCUCAUGGAUAAGCCAAGAAUUCAAGAGCGCUCUCGGCCCCAUCACUGUUACCUUCCUGGCGCCGCAGGUUACCUCCUCGCCAACUGUUCCCUCACCCCCCGCCCGCAGAAGAAAGAACGCCCACUGUCAUCUUUGCGACAAGCGCUUCGAGAAUCGCUACAAGUUAAAGAUGCAUCUCAAUACCCACACGGGGGCUCGACCCUUCACGUGCGAUGUGUGCGGGAAAGGCUUCAUGCGACGGACCACCCUCAACGCACAUCGAAUCAUUCACGACGCCUCUCAGUUCUCGUGUCCCACCUGCAACCGCACCUUCAAGCGCUCGUCCGAAAGGCUUAUCCAUAUCUUACUGAAGGUGUGUCUGCGGAAGCAAAGGAUCCUUCGUCGGAUAGUCAGUGGUUGGUUUUGUGAUGUCUGCAACGAGAGCGUUCCCCUGCCGGAGGAACACCAGUGUCCUGUCAAAGGUCGACGCCGUCAGUGUCCUGUCUGCGGGAUGGACUUCGGCAGGCAGCGCGACCACAAGAUGUUGACUCAUGUCCGCCAGGAUCACCCAGAGUUUCUCGCCUCGUUGUAA